ACGCUUCGUGCGGGUUUAGACGAGGAAUGCGUUCGGGAGAGAUGAGAGAGAUGGGAGAGAGAUGAGAGAUGGGGCGGUGCGGCGUGGAAGGCCGCCGGGUUUUUGCGGAUCCGCGGAUUGCCGCGCCGGGUUUCGCGAUCCGCAUUUUCGGUGAAGGAGUGGUGAUGGUUGUGGGUUGUUGUUGAUGGUUGUGGAUUGUUGUUGAUGGUGGUGGUUGUUGUGGGUGGUGGUUGUUGUGGGUGGUGUGUGUGGGGGGGGUUUGCUUCGGGUUCGCGAUGAAAACAACGCGGCUUUGCAGUUUUAGCGGCAGCGAUAACAAACAGGGCCCCCUCCUCCCCAACCCGAACACUUUAAACGGAGAUACUCGCGACGACGACGACUCGAGAGAGAGAUAAAAGUACUUGUGCGUGCGUAUCGAUAACUCAUCUAAUAGGGACACUUUGCAAGGGGGUAGUGGUGGUGGUUUUGGGGGUGGUGGUAGUGGUGGGUUAGGGGGUUGGUGACGCCGGUUGUGUUUUUUUUGUAUCAAUCUGCGGCACAAGCGACGACUUUUUAAGUUGUGUUCGUGUGUGUGGUGUACACCGGCGGUGCACGCCGCGUGGACUGUAAGGAAGCCGGGUUCUUAGUCUUCGUUUUUAGCGGGAGGAGGAGGGGGGUGGUGUUGUUGUGUGGGGAAGAGCCCCCCCCCACCUCAUUUAGUAUAAAAUAUAUUUUAUUUUAUUUGCCUUCGGGCAACAAUUUUUUUUAAAAAUACCAGCAAAAAGGUACGAGAUCAACAACAACAACAACCUAUAGGAACACCAGCUACAAGUAAGCUAAAUAGAUAACAAAUUCCUCGCCCGCAAUCAAAAUUUGUUUUAAAUUUUAGUCCGCCCACGACCACCACCACCACCACGACCACCACCACCACGACCAUCACCACAACCAUCACCACCACCAUCACCACGACCACAACCACCACGACCACCACCAUGAGCUCGGCACGACACGGCAGGGCCCCGUCUCACCCGGGCGCAGUCGGCAUCGCCGGGCCCGGCGGUGGCCGCCCUCCUCCCUGUGGCCCCGUCGGGGUCAAGGUCGAGGUCAAGGUCGAGGUCAGGUCACGAGGAGUCGACGAUCCGGGCUGGGAGCCUCCGGGCCGUGGUGACGGCUGCCGCAACGGAGAUUCCGGCUUCCCAGGCCGGCACAAGAUCUCCCUGCUGAACGGCUUCGAUUCGCCCGAGCUCAUGGAGACGAGGGAGAGCCCUCGUGGCAAGGACGACGCAAGCAGCGUGGACGCCGCCGAACCGAUCGCCGACGGCCAGCCGCCCACGAAGCCAAGCCUGGGAGCGGACGGAUGGGGGAGAGCCGUGUCCUCCAGCAUCGAUGUCCCCAAGUCCAGAACCGGGUGGAAUGAGCCCAAGAUGGACCACGUGAUGGCCGCGAUGGUGCUGACCAGCCUGUCCUCCAGCUGCCCUAGCGCGUCACCUGGGUCCCUCACCAUGCCGGCCUUCAACACCCCGGACGCACCCCUCCCCUCGGAGCCAGCUCCCAAGUUCUUCUGUGCCAGCUCCUGGCCCGAGCACGACGCCACGUCUGUGAGCUGCGGCGGCAGUGACGACGGCAGAGGUGGCGGCGCUUCCCGCGUGGCCGAGUGCGGUUGGGACGCGGCCAGCACCGACCGCCGCUCCCAGCCGUCCACGCCAUCGCCCAAGCCGCUGGCUCAUGAUGCAAUCCUGCCCUUCCGUUUCGAGUCCGGGUCCUCCGAGCAGCGCGGAGAUGACGACCUGACCACCGGGCGGCAGCAGCAGCAGCAGCAACCGCAGCAACAAACGCAGCAGCAACCGCAGCAGCAACUGCAGCAGCAACCGCAGCGGCAGCAGCAGCCUCCGCAGCAACAGCGCCAGCGUGUGAAACACGAGGCUGAUAUGGCUGGCAGGUGCCGUAACCAGCCGCAGCCGCCACCGCCGCCACCGUCAUUUCUCGCCACGUCUGGCGCGACGGGGAAAUGUGCGGCGCACGGAGCCGUGGUCGCUUCGUUCGCUCGGCCGGCGCUGAAAGCAAAGGAGCCCAAGGCCGCGUCCAAAACGUUCUUCAACGGCUCGCAGGCGCGCGGCAUCAGCGGCACGCUCCCCGCGCGCUUGCCUCCGUCGAGCGAGCACGCACCGCCGCCGCUGCCCGUGCGCCAGCCCGACAGCACGUGGGAAGCUCGGGGCGCUGGCGGCACCGCCGCCACCGUCGGUGGGGGGCAGCCCCCCCCCGUGUUCCUGUGCGGCGCUGCAAGGGGGGGCGGCGCCGACGGCGCCGGCUUCAGAGUGGCGAACGUGAGGAUGAGCGAGGACGGAGACAUGGAGGGGGGCUCGUUUUUGGACGAGCCGUCGCCCAGGAAGAGAAAGAACUCGUUGAAGGUGAUGUUCCAGUGCAUGUGGCCCAACUGCGAGAAAGUCCUGAGCACCGCGUCGGGGAUGCAGAGACACAUUCGCCGACUGCAUCUUGGCCGCAACAGUGACUCGGACCUGAGCGACGGCGAGGAGGACUUCUACUACUCGGAGAUGGAGGUGAACAUGGACUCGCUGACGGACGGACUCAGCAGCCUGGCGCCCGUGUCCCCCACGGCGGUGAUAGCGCCGCCCGUCUUCCCUGCGCCGUCGUCGCCGCCGCCGCCGUCGUCGCUGCACCCGUCGGGGGUGUGCCGCUCGCACAGCAUGGCCGGCAAGAGGGAGCCGCACCCUCCCACGCAGCUCAGCCGCUCGGCGCCCACCAGCUUCUGGCACCCGGUGCACACGGACCACGCGUACCAGGCUUGCGGGCCACUCCUUGACACCAUGUCUCCGCCAGGCGCCGGUACCAUAUUUGGAACGUUGAGGCUGCAGCUGGAAGGUGGUGCCACGGCUGCGUGCGACGCGUCGGGGUUCCCGAUGCGCGUCCGCACGCUCAGCAGUUCGGAGCACCGGCCCCCCGGCACCCCUGGCGCUGCCGCCUGCCGUCUGCACGCGUCGCUCUCGCCAUCGCCCAAGUCACUCGCCCCCGGCCGGAAAAGCCGCGGGGAGGCCAAGAAGUGCCGCAAGGUGUACGGCAUGGAGAACAAGGACAUGUGGUGCACCGCGUGUCGCUGGAAGAAAGCCUGCCAGCGGUUCAAUGACUGAGCUCCGAAAGCCUCUUCCUUCCAACACUUUACCACCCACCAUAACCCCACCCCCCACCACAUACUCCAGGCGUUCGGUUCGGUGUGUUUCGAUCGGUCGCAGGUUUUACCGAGACUCUCGUUUUUGCCCCGGCAUUAUUACGAUCGUCCCGCGUUGGUCUGCGUCCACCCUUUUGCACUAUGGGACGCUUGAGGUGGUGAGGUGGGAGAAUGAAACUUAAAAAAAAAACAAUGCUGGCGACACUUUUCUGCGGUAGAGCUCGGGUGCGCGUGCUGUGGUUGGGUUUUUUUUUUUGUAAUUCACGGAAUCGGAUGGAGGGUUUGUACUGGAACGACGCGACUCGCUCCCGACACAGUUGCCACUCGAAACCUCCAGCAAAAGUACACGACGUCAAUUUUUGCCCCUUUUUUCAAAUUUUCCUUUGAAAAGUGGUCAACGUGGCUGCCAAAGCGUGGCACGCGACCGCCACCGGAAAUUCUCGGCCCCGUUUGCCGAGGACGAUAGCCUACAGCUCCCCCCGCCUCCCCUCUCGCUCCAUCUUCCAUCUUCGUUGUGAGCCUCUGCGGCCGAGGCUCGUGUUGGGUUUGCCAUGCCGGUAGUUUUACGAGGAGAGAAAACGUUAUUCUCCACUGCCUCUUCUCUUGGCGCCAACCCUGCAACGUCUUCGCUGUGCAAGAGAAUAUACGCGAGCCCGCGCCCUUGUUGGGCACCUGAAUGUACGCUUGCGACAAACGUCGAAGGGCGCGUAGCGGAGUGGAAUCCAGGAACCCCCCGGUAGGGCUUUUGAAGAAUUGUUAACUUUCUCAAGUUUUAAUUGCGCGGGGAUUAUUAUUUUUGUUCCCAUUCCUUGCGACUCCAGCAGAGGCGCUCGGUAACGAAUCGUCGUGUGUCUUGCCGUACAGAAGCGUUCGUGCGCCACGGACAAAACCUCGAUCCGAUUUUCUGGGCAGCCUGUAUCACGCGUUCGUCAAGCGCACAUUGGCGCAAGAGCUUGGUGCUUACAUCGGUCACACUUGUUUUGUGCUUGCCCAAUUGGCCUUUUGGAGACGGCAGGGAUAUCAUGAAGUCAAAGCAAGGUCAACUUGCAUGGGGUUAUAAUUUUUUUGUCGCUGCAGCUGGCUUUGUUCGUAGGCUGCUUCCGCAGGCUCUCCGGGAAGAGAGACGACUCCGUCGAACUCGUCUGCCUUCGGGUUCGUGUGAGCGGUUGUCGUUCGGCGCCGUGGUUUUCGACGUGCGGAGAAGCGCGUCGCGUUGCCGCCGCCGGCCGCCUGUCGCGUCGAUGGAAGUCGGCGAGGAAGAGAAGAAAAAUAUGCAAACGUUGUACAAGCGCUUAACGCGGCUCCUCGCAUUCGUUUGGCAGCGCGUGCCCGUAAUUGUCUUUUCAAUGCCAGGACCUCUUACAGAGCAGGAAUGUUAAAACGGUGAUACAGAAUGAAUGUAAUCGUGACGAUGGAUGGGUGGUAGCGUGCCCCCCCCUCCCACCAAGCCGUGUGCCCCCGCUGCUGCUGCUGCUGCUCCCCUUUCCCUCCCUGGAGCAACGUAUCCCUGACGUCGGCGUCCCGAGGUUGGGGCGAGCGGGGACCCCUCGGCCACGCGGCAGCGCCCAGCUGUCGGCUGCUUUGUGUAGAUCGCCGGGCACGUUCAAGAGACAUUUCAUCCUUUUUGCCUUUUUCUUUCCUGUGACCAAAAAAACCACGGGUCUCUCAUUUUGUAAGAAAAUGUACAAGCACGACUCUUUAAAACAAAAACAAGACCUCAUUUCGAGCAUUUGUUCACGAAGGAACAUUUCUAACAACUUCUCAAAAACGUGUGAUGGUUAUUGUUAUUUUUCUCUCUCUACCACCGCCGCCGUCAACGUGUUUUAGUUACCUGCAGCUUUCUCUCGGGGACCCUCUGCAAUGUCUUUGGAGUAGUCGUUAGCGGCGAUAAUUUUAGGCUCGGACACGGCGCUCUUCCCCUGCCCGUCGGCUUGUAUAACAACGCAACGGCUACGCAUUCAACAAAUACAAAUGCUUUAAACUGUAGAACAAGCCGGCGCCCUUUCUGUAACGAGCCAGUGUGCGUGCGUGUGCGUUUCCAUGGGAAGAUGCUCGUCAAUGCGGGUGAAAAUAGCAGGUCCGUGAUGGUAAAUGUUUAAAGCUGGUGCGCACGCGUAACUGUUGAUGAUGUUCUCUUUUGUAAUACUUGGCAGGGGUUUAAAGAGGAUUUUUCUACACUCGGAUCUGCCACGGAAGAGCACAGACUUGUGUGACCGCGCAUCGCUUAGCCGGGCUGCACAAUGGGCUGUAAAGAAUGUAGGGGGUUUUUAUGCGAGGCUGUGAAUUCAUUUGUUUGAGUCAGUUUGGCAAGCCACGUUCACCGUUUGCUGCGGCGGCAGUGUCCAAAAUGUGUGUUUGUACGGAGUGGCGUAAAAAAAUAUAUAUAUCCGGGGUGUCAUGAUUCGUCAACACAGCUCUUAUAAAAGUAAUUGCACAUUUGUGUGUAUUGAAGCGUAAGGAUGUAUUAGCAACAGCAGCAACGGUAGUAGUAGUCGUAGUGGUGAAUAGUUAUUGAAUAGUAUUAAUAGAUACAAUAUAUAUACGUAAGAUGAACGUCUUCUUCAAGCAGCAUUUUUGAGAAGAGGCCAAGAACUGUGUCCACCGUCGACGUUUUGGGUAAUAACUGGUGUAACGAUGUGCCUGCACUUGUAGUCUCGGGACGCCGUCUCUGCUAUGGGCUAGCGGUGUGGUCCGCAUGGUGCGAGGCGGAGGGAGCCGGGCGCUUGGCUGAUGUAAAGGUGCAUGGCAUUGGAUGCCUAGUUUCAACGAUGUCUUCCCCCCCCACCCCAACCUCCGAUUACAAUGCCGCAUUGGCCACGCGUGGGGUCCUGAACUGCCGAGAAUGGCACCGCGUUUAAGUGUUUAAAGUGGUGUCUGAAACCAUCAAGCCACCGCAGUUUCAAAAGUUCUCCCUGCUGUCGUGUGAGCGGCCUGUCCUCCCUCCCCUACUGCUUUCCACCCCUUAACCGUUAUUAGAUACGCAACGGUACGGCGAUCGGGAGUGAAAGUGGCGUCCGACACUAAGCACUUAUGUAACGGAACCUGACUGUGGAUGUACAUAGAUGGGGCGGUGUGUGUGUGUGCGUGUCGUGGUGCUGGCCACCCAUCCCUCUCGUGUGCCGUGCCGGCCUUCAUGGGUGCUCGCCUAACAGCACUUACACCCCCGAGAGUCUGUUAAGGCUCAUCCGGGGCGGGUGGUGGUCUUUGUCUUUGCGUGCCCCGUGAGCGUGUCCCGUAGAGAGGGGGGCGCGAGCCACUCCGGGUUGGGUGGCGACGAUCCCCCCUUUUUGCCAGCCCACACACGGGGGGGUGGGAAUGUGCCUUAGUCUGUCUGUGCAUCACCAGCACAACCUUUCGAAGACCAAAUUGCCAAAACCUGCUCGAAGUUGAUACGCAUUUAUUUCUCUUUCUCCUUGCUAGAUCGGGAUAAGCUAUAGAUUUGUAAACAAACAAUAUAUAUAAAAUCGAGUCCAGUACCAUCGUUUUUACUUUCUAGUAUUUUUUUUUCAGUCGUCCGUAUGCACCCACCCCGAGGACAACUCCAGACGGUGGUGGUAUGGGCGGCUUCUCAUUGUGUUCACCGUGUCUUUAGGUUUUGCCUAGUUUGUGUGUUUGUGUGUGUGCGCGCGCGAUGAGUAUUUAGGCCAUGAUGCAGUCGGGCAAAUUGUAGGGAGCGGUGGCGUUAGCGGUCAGCGCGCUGCGCUAUGAACCCGGUGACCCGAGUUCGAUUCCCGCUCACGGCCAACACCGGUGAACCGGUCAUGGGGCCUCCUCCUCGGUCGACUCGGCCUCAAUUGAGUACCUGGUGCGAUUGUGUAAACAUCCAUGGGGAGACAAAGGCGGGCGAGCGUGGUGUUGGCCACCCACCACCCCCUCGUGUGCCGUGCCAGCCUUCGUAGGCGCUCGCCAACAACACUUGCCCCAACGGUCUGUUCAGGCUACACGGAGGAGGGGAAUCUUUGUCUUUGAUGGGUAUUUAGGGCCACGAUGGAAGUCGGGGCGAGCAUUGCUCUCAUUCACCUCCGACGGCGAUGGCUUCAGUUUCUUUGAUUGUGUGUUAAGGAAAAGCAAAAGCAUGCGGUGUAAUCAGUCGUUGCCAAAAUCUUAAUGAAAUGCUGAAUUUUUCUGCCAACUCCUAAGUGGGCAACUGAGAUGGCGUCUGCCGGUCAAGUGACGGGAGGUCAAGACUGCGCCAAGGUUCGCGUGCUCGGCUGAGACCGAUUCGUUAAAUAAAAUUAAUAUUUCGAGAAAUGUUUGUUUUAAUUGGGCUCGACAGCUGCGCUGCUCGCUGGCACGUUCAAGUCUCGAAUCCGGACGAAACGAUCUCGCGCCCCCCGCGCUCCCUCCUGGUGGCCGUCACCAAUGACGGCUUCUGUCAUCUGAUCACGGAGGGUGGUAACGUGAAUAGCCCACGGCGGUGCGCCCUGUAGACCGACCGACCGACCGUCCAAUUCCACUUUGAUCCCCAUUUGCCGCAGUGGCUCGUGUCGUCACUGUCGCCGAUGCUGCCAGCGACUUUCCCCCACUCACCACCCCCCCCCCCCCUACAAGUUUGCCCUCGUGUAUCUUGGCAUUUAACUUUCCGAUGCUUGGCAGGACGUGUGGUGUUUACGAGUGUGUGUGUGCCCGUGGGGGUGGGCGGUGUAGUGGGGAACGGUGGUGUAGCGGUCAGUGCGCUGCGCUACGAACCCGGGUUCGAUUCCCGCUCACGGCCAACACCGGUGACGAUUAUCUGGAACCGGUCCCUGGCCUCAAAUGAGUACCCGGUGCGAUGCGUAAACGUCGCCACUGGGGAGACAAAGACGGCCGGGGGUGAUGCUGGCCACACCCACCCCCUCGUGUGCAUUGUCGGCCUUCAUAGGUGCUCGCUAACAGCACUUGCCCAAACGGCCCGAUAAGGGUAUACGGGGGAUCUUUGGCUUUGUGUGUGGGGGGGGGUAUGGGCCACGUGGUCGCAGGCGCGUGCGCUGUUGGAUUGCCGGUCGUGUGCUGGGUGAGCCGUCUCGAAGCCAAAAAAAAUAACUCAAAAUGCUGCUAUUGCGACAACACUGCUAGCAUUCCUUUUCCACGUGUCAUGCAAAAAAACCAUAUUACGUCUCGGUGGACGGCAGUAUUACUGAUCUAUUUUUUUACUGUACACGGUGGAAUUUCUUUUUCGUUUUUGUUAAGUUAUAAAACAAAUUAGAACUUUAGUUGAAAACUAUUUCAGUUUCGGAUACAAUUUUUUUUUGCCGCAAAAGGAAUUGUUCAACAGUGGAUAUACCAUCUCGUAACGUUGUUUUUUGUUCGUUGUUUCAUGAAAGUGGAUUGUAACUAACGUGUGGCCGUGUUCAUAUGUCGGUGAUGGAGGGGCGGCGGGCAUGGUGGUGUGGGUGGGUGGCCCAGCCAGUGGCACUGGCGCGCAAUAUGUGACCCCGCUCGACCGAUAAGCAUUGCGCCAACAUCAUCCCACGCUCCCUUCAGUUCAUUUCUACAAGGCGGCAUUGGGUUGGAGCCGGGUUGCCACUGCGUUCGCCACCCACCGCCUCCUCUCCGCAAAUUAUUUAAAUCGUGGCAUCGUGUUCCCUCGCCCACACCCGGUGGGAAGCGACGAUGCACGCAGAGCAGCGUGGAACGUACCUAUCUUUUUUUUUUGCGUGGAGGGGUUGAAGUGUUAGAUUGCGCAAGGAUCUAUUGGAUGGAGAGAAUGUUGUAUCUGAAUGUAGCCUCCCCCCCCCACACACACAUACACCCCCCCCCCCAAUCGAAUGUGGGAUUAAAGUCUUGUCUUCUAUAAUUGACUCCUUUCGUGUAUGAUUAACACUGUGAAUGCAAGUCCAACAAAGUGAAGCCGAAAAUAGUUUCUAUAAUAAUACUACGAAAAAAAUAUAUGAAAAAAAUAUGUCGCUUGGAUUGUGAUCUGCGCGCUCAUUACUCUAUGCGCCUCUUUGUAAAUCUCUACACUGACGUUUUCUACUGUAAUACUUUUUUUUUGUACAUACACAAGUUUGACGCGAGGACAAAAAACGGACGGCACUUUGUGAAUGGACCCCUGUGUUUGUGAACGGCGCGCUCUGGAUGCAGACAUUGACGGGUGGCCUUUUAUUGUGUGGCUGGUGGUAUGGAACGUGGCCAGCGUGUGUCGAAUGGCCCCCUGUCUGUGGACGGCUUUGCUCCGUUUUGACUGUUUAUUCGUUCAUUAUUGUAUGUCCGACGUCUGAAUUUACUGUGUAAACCUGCCCGCUUAAUCCAAAUAAAGGCAAAUGCUUCGAUUA